AUGUAUUUAUGUCGGACUAGUAUCAAAUUGGGACGGUUUCCGGCAACUAGUGAUCGACUAGCAAUUAGCUCCGUUUUGAACACGAAAUUCUACAAUCAGCAGCAGAGAAGGAGUAACAGUAGUGGAAAUGGACGAUUGCGUACGGGCGCACAGUACGGAAUCGGUGCUAUCGCGGCCGUUUCAGCAGUUUUGGGUGUACAUUAUUACCUCUCCAGACUGUCCACGGAACCAAAUCGAAAACCUUCCCUAUGGAAAUUUGAAGCUGUUUCGGCAAUUUCCGAAUCGUCUAGCAGCCGCCGCAAACAGCUCAACUUCAUCGCAGACGCCGUAGAAGUGUCGGCACCGGCGGUGGUCUAUAUCGAGAUACGGGACCUUAAGCACGUGGAUUUUUUCACCCGUGAACCGGUUACCGUGUCGAAUGGAUCCGGGUUUAUCGUCGAUCCGGACGGUCUCAUUCUCACGAACGCCCACGUCGUCAUAAGCAAACCGUAUACGAUGGUCACAGUGAAGCUUUCAGAUGGAAGGUCCUUUCCCGGGAAGGUCGAGUACGUCGAUCAGAGCUCGGAUCUAGCUACGGUGCGUAUCCAAUGCCGAAAUCUGCCGACCCUAAAAAUGGGUCACUCGAGUGACCUGCGGCCGGGCGAGUGGGUGAUAGCGUUAGGCAGUCCGUUGGCCCUCAGCAACACGGUUACGGCUGGUGUGGUCAGUACGACGCAUCGUGCCUCCCAGGAGCUUGGCUUACGAGGCCGGGUCAUCAACUACAUACAAACCGAUGCAGCCAUCACGUUCGGCAACUCGGGCGGCCCACUUGUCAACCUGGACGGCGAAGCCAUAGGCAUCAACAGCAUGAAGGUGACAGCAGGCAUCAGUUUUGCGAUUCCCAUCGACCACGCUAAGGAGUUUCUGCAAAAUAUUGCCGAAAAGUCAGCGGAUAAGCGGCCAGGCAUGGAACAGGCGAAUGGAUCCGUUGGACGACGCUAUCUUGGCCUCACGAUGCUUACCCUGACACCGGCCAUCAUGGCAGAAUUACAACAAAAAAGCCACACCUUUCCACCGAAUUUUCACGGUGGCGUUCUCGUAUGGAAGGUGAUCCAUGGAUCGCCGGCACACGUUAACGGUAUAUGCCCAGGUGACGUCAUCACUCAUAUCAAUGGCAAAGAAAUAACAACGUGUGCGGAAAUGUAUGAUAUCCUCGCAGGAAAGGACCACACCCUAGCCAUCAAUAUUUUCCGUGGGCAAAAAACUUUGACUGUGCAAGUCCGACUAGAGUAACGGGAUAGUUUAUUCGGCAACUGCAAUAGCCGAGGGGUUCUGGCCUCCAAGAGAGACGCCGUCCAUUGCUUGCGGUCGACCGCGUUUGUCCGCUAUGUCGUUACAGCCGCUAUCGAUGCCGCCAUACCAUCUCAAACGGGUCUCUCACGACGGCCUAAACAGACUUUUCGGGCGGCCUAAAGAAACAUUGCGGGUUGGUCCGUAAUCUGCUGUUCUGAUGACAUAACCAGCCCACCGGAGCCCUGCACUGUCCUAUAUGCUGGACGACAGUGAGUAUUCAUACAGUGCGUGCAGCUCACUGUUGUAGCGGCUCCUCCUCCUUCCUCGCGAACGCGGCCAACAGGGUUUGGUCAGUUUUAAACAGACUC